CGCCCCCUCCUGCCUCGAACUGAAGUUUAAAGAUGGCGUCCAUCAUGGAAGGGCCACUCAGCAAAUGGACUAACGUCAUGAAAGGUUGGCAGUAUCGUUGGUUCGUUUUAGAUUAUAACGCCGGUCUGCUAUCUUACUAUACGUCCAAGGACAAAAUGAUGAGGGGUUCCCGAAGAGGCUGUGUGCGACUUCAGGGAGCUGUGAUUGGUAUAGAUGACGAGGACGACAGUACCUUCACCAUCACCGUGGACCAGAAGACCUUCCAUUUUCAAGCUCGUGAUGCAGAUGAGAGAGAAAAGUGGAUCCAUGCCUUAGAGGGCACUAUUCUCCGGCACACACUUCAACUGCGGGAAGCUGAAACAGAAUUUGUUCCCAGCGUUCAAGAUUUCGACAAGAAGCUUGCUGAAGCGGAUGCCUACUUGCAGAUUCUGAUUGACCAGUUAAAAUUGUUUGAUGAAAAGAUCAGGAACUGCAAAGAAGAUGAGCAGAGAAGAAAAAUUGAAAACCUAAAGGAAACCACAUGUGGCAUGGUAGAAUCAGUCAAACACUGUAUAGUGUUGCUGCAGAUUGCCAAGGACCAAAGUAAUGAACAGAAGCACGCAAAUGGACUUAUAAGUACCAUUAACCCAGUGGAUGGAAUAUAUCAGCCUAGUCCUCUUGAUUCUUCAGUAAUCAGCACGAUGCCUACCCAGACUGUCCUACCGCCAGAUGGUUCCCAGGUGGGCAAAGGGGAACCACGUCCCACCUCCCUGGCAGUUGGCUCUGUGGUGACUGUGAUUGGAAACCACCAGACUCCCACCCCCAACAGCACAGGCGAUGGCCCGUCCGCACCAAGCAGCAGCGUCACCUCCCCCAGUCACGUCAACCUGUCCUCCAACACGGUCCCUGACUUCUCCUACUCCAGCAGUGAGGACGAGUUCUACGAUGCAGAUGAGUUCUACCAGACCAGCACCUCCCCAAAACGAUGCAUAGAUCCGUCUAUGACCCCGGCAGUGCUGCCCCACAGCAGCACAGGGAGCAGUCUGAAACGACCAGACACCAAUGAGUCUCUCAACUCCUCCAUGUCGAAUGGUACCACUGAUGCAGAUCAGUUUGACAGCCAUGAUGACCGGGAUGACGAUGGGGAGGGCGAGUCUGUGGAGGAGCACAAGAGCGUCAUCAUGCACCUGCUGUCCCAGGUCAGACUGGGGAUGGACUUGACCAAGGUGGUUCUUCCUACAUUUAUCCUGGAGAGGAGGUCAUUGCUGGAAAUGUAUGCCGACUUCUUUGCACAUCCUGAUCUGUUUGUCAGUAUUGCAGAUCAGACGGAUCCCAGGGACCGCAUGGUGCAGGUUCUGAAAUGGUACCUCUCUGCCUUUCACGCAGGACGGAAGGGCUCCGUGGCCAAAAAACCCUACAACCCCAUUCUGGGAGAGAUCUUCCUGUGUUACUGGGACCUGCCUUCAGACAACGAGGAGACUGCAGAGCCAGUUUCAGAGGGGCCUGCUCCUUGGUGCAGUAAGAACGAUGUGUCCUUUGUUGCAGAGCAGGUCUCGCAUCAUCCACCCAUUUCUGCAUUUUAUGCCGAGUCUUACAGCAAGAAAAUUCAGUUCAAUGCUCACAUCUGGACAAAGUCCAAAUUUCUAGGAAUGUCCAUUGGGGUCCAUAAUAUUGGACAAGGGUGUGUAUCGUGUCUAGAGUAUGAUGAACACUAUAUUCUCACUUUCCCCAAUGGCUACGGAAGGUCCAUUCUCACAGUUCCUUGGGUAGAGCUGGGUGGGGAGUGCACAAUCUCUUGCUCCCAGACUGGAUACAGUGCCAGCGUCAGCUUCCACACAAAACCUUUCUACGGUGGGAAGAAGCACAGAAUCACAGCCGAAAUCUUUCCCCCCAAUGAUAAGAAGUCAUUCUGUUCCAUUGAGGGCGAGUGGAAUGGUGUCAUGUAUGCAAAGUGGGCAUCGGGGGAGAGCAACUUGUUUAUCGACACCAAGAAGAUGAGCACGAUCAAGAAGAAAGUGAGGAAGCUGGAAGACCAGUUGGAGUACGAGUCCCGGAGCCUGUGGAAGGACGUGACGGUUAAUUUAAAAUUAAGAGACAUUGAUGCUGCAACGGAAGCAAAGCACAGCCUUGAAGAGAAGCAGAGAGCGGAGGCCCGAGAGAGGAAGGAGAAGGAGAUGCAGUGGGAAACACGGUUAUUCCAUGAGGAUGGAGAAUGCUGGGUCUAUGAUGAACCCCUUUUAAAACGUAUGGCUGCCAAACAAUGAGACUGGGUAGGGGGAAAAAAAAUAAAUCAAAGGACUUUUGGAGUCUUCAAAAGAACUCUUUAGAAACCACUUCUCAUUAAAGGCUUUGAAUGACAGAAUAUGUACUCUGCUUCCCCCCCUUCAGAAGUGAAGAUUUCUCUCGAGCUCUGCUCCAUGAAUCACCGCCAUCAUAGAUUUUUAAGCAAGUCUAAAGAAUUCUGAAGCAUCUUACUUUUUUUUUUUUUUGGGGGGGGGGGGGGGGUGAUGGUGGAUGUUGUUCUGCAUCUCAGGGAAACUGAUGAUUUGAAGGAAAAAAAAAACACAAUUUCAGAAACCUUUUGUGGAGGAGGGGGAGAGAAAGAGAGAGAGAGAGGAGUGGGAACUUUGCUUGCUGAAGUAGCCAGCAAUGGCUGUAUGUUUUUUCCUCUCUGUUCAUAUUGGCUGUGUGAGGAUAAGAGUACCUUCAAACCUCCGGUGUCAUUAUGCAUAAUCCAGAGAACUUUGUCCCAUUUUCCUAAACUAUCUCACCCUCCCUCAACCACUGUACAAAUGUAUAUUGAAAAGAAAGCUGCUCAGUCAGUAGAACAAGCUCCAGAAAUUGUUUUUCAAACCAGUGCAUUAACAGUGGACCAGGCUAGAGUCAGUGGAUCAACAGACCAAUUUCAUGUAUUUUACUUUAAAGGGGCCAGGUAACAAUAGCAAGCUUUUUUGCACACCCAAAUAAGGCUUGCCCAUUUAGUAAACAAGAACCAAUCACAUCUAGUUAGAUAAAGAAAAAAAAAUCUGUGCUUUGUCAUCAGAAAUAAAAGCACUUCACUACAAGCUUGCACGCUCUGUAAAAGUUCUUAUGUUAGGCUGCAGAAAAUCUUAGCUGGAUGUUCACAUGUAUCCUAUCCUAGCCUGGUUCCAGUGAUCCUGUGUUAGUGUAAAUGGCAAUCUGCUUUAUAUACCUUCUACAGACAUGUAAACACAGCAAGAACUCAAUUUCAUUUAUUUUUGGAUCUGUUUAGUUGUUAUAUAUAUAUAUAUAUAUAUAUAUUCUCUCACAGCCAAUGAUUUUUUUUUUUGUGUGUGUGUGUGUGUGUGUGUGUGUUAAAUUAAAAUGAAUUGAGGCCUUGCUGUUCUUGCGGUAUCUCUCGCUUGAAAAAUAAAUCAGUAUUUUUAUUUUAAAGACUUGUUUCAAAACUUAACCAAUGAUUGUACCAGAUUCUCCUGUUUAUUGAUGCAGAUAUUAAACCUUAACGAAUUUAUCCUUUUUUGUUUUGCAUAUGUUUCAUGUAUUUGUAUUUAAUUCAUAAUAAAGCUAUAGUGUGAUCAA